CAAUGAAGAAAUUUGUGAAAAAUCUAAUCAAAUCAUUUCUCUCAAGUGACACACAGUUUUCUGUUUCCCAGUUCUCUACUUCACCUGAGGUUCACUUUUACUUUAAGAAAUUUUCCUCAUCUGGAUCAGUGGAGACUGACAUCAAUAGAAUCAGUCAACAGAGAGAAGAAACUUACACCGCCAAGGCCAUCAGACAUGUUGUGAACAAUGUUUUCACACCACAAAGAGGUUCCAGACAAAAUGUGAAGAAGGUCUUGAUAGUAAUUACUGAUGGACAAUCUUAUGAUCGGGCCGAUCUGGGAGGUGCAGCACAGCUAGCAGAGAGUAAAAACAUUGUUCGAUUUGCUAUUGGGGUGGGGAAUGCAUUUGAUACACCUGAUGCCAGAAGAGAACUGGAUACCAUUGCAUCGUCUCCCUCAAACAAACACGUCUUUCAAGUGGAAAACUUCAAUGUACUUGAAGUAAUAAGACAGAAUCUGCAGGACAAAAUUUUCUCAAUCGAAGGAUCUCAAAGCAGUGGAGAGUCACUGGAAAUGGAAAUGUCUCAAGAGGGAUUCAGUGCAGUUAUUGUGCCUGAGGGAAUUCAGACGUCUAUUGUUGGUGCAAACGAGUGGAGGGGAGGCUACGUGCAAUACACAACAGGAGGCCAGAAGCUGAAAACAUAUGAGGACGUGUAUUUGGAGCCUGACAGCUAUCUUGGUUACUCCAUGGCGAUUGCUAAAUCCUGGUAUGGCUCUCUGACAGUUGUUGGUGCUCCAAGAUAUAAACACAGAGGAGUUGUGGUCGCUGUUAACAGAGAAAACUUGAAAAAACAAAAGAUUGAGCCCUUUUCAUCACAGUAUCAGACUGGGGAAUAUUUCGGGGCAGAGGUGUGUACCAUGGACAUAAAUAAUGAUGACAUCACUGAGCUAAUCUUCAUAUCAGCCCCAAUGUACAUGGAGCCUGAUAGAGAGGGAAGAGUUUAUGUUUGCAGACUAACUGGUUUGUUUGUGGAGUGUAAUUUUGAUGAUCCUGUAGUACUAAGAGGACAUGCAGCUGUCAAAGGAAGGUUCGGCUCUUCUCUUGCUGUACUGCCUGAUCUAAACUCAGAUGGAUUCAGGGAUUUGGCAGUUGGAGCACCUUUGGAGAAUAAUGGUGAAGGCAGCAUCUACAUAUUUAAUGGCGAAGGAAGAGGAAGAAUCAGUCCUACUUACUCACAGAGAAUUACUGGCUCUGAGGUCCAGUCAGGACUGAAGUUCUUUGGCCUGACAAUCAGUCAGUCAUCUUUUGAUCAGAGUGGUGAUGGACUGCUUGACUUAGCGGUGGGUUCAAAGGGCACAGUUGCCUUACUGAGAUCAAGACCCAUAGUAAUGGUGAGAGCUGAGGUAUCGUUUAGCCCAAACAAAAUCCCUACACAGAAUGUAGACUGCUCAAAACCAUCGGAGAACACAGCUCUUAUCUGCUUUACUAUGACCAGAGUGUCUACAGUCGACACAGCUCGAGCAAGGAUUGAUUACACUAUAACACUGGAUGCCACUCGGAAGCCUCCAAACAACCGAGCUUACACCAGUGGGAAACAACGAGAGAAGUCUGGAUCAGUUGAUGUUGACUUAGGAAGACACCAAUGUUCAACUGUAAAAUUCCUCAUUGAGGCUUGCCCCGAAGACGCUCUCAACCAACUUUCCAAUGAGCUCAAAUUCACGUUUAAUAGUUUGGCCACAAACACCAACCUCAGACCAAGUCUUGCCCCGCAGGCCCAAACAACAGCCAUUCAUCCUUUAGGGUUUGAGAUCAACUGUGGCACUGACAACAAAUGUGUUGAUAACCUGAAACUGGAUUUCAACUUCACCAGAUCCUCAGAGGUUAAAGUGGGCAUUGAUGAGCUUUUGAAUGUCACAGUCUCAGUGGAGAAUAGAGGAGAAAACUCCUACAACAGUCGUGUUAUUCUCACAUACCCAGCUGGACUCUCCUACAGGAAGUUCACGAGUCAGCAGGGAAGAAGUGAGUGCAUCUCUUUGGACAGUGAAGAUGGUUUAUCACGAGGAAGGACAGACUGCACUAUCUACAAGCCAAUUUUCAAGAGCAAAACUAAGGUUUUCUUCAUUAUCACAUAUGGGAUUGAAACAAACAGUCAACUUGAGAGGGAGAUCUUUGUCACUGCAAAUGCCACCAGUGGAAAUCAGGAGCAUGCACCUACAAGUGAACUCUACAAACAGAAAUCGAUUGAUGUGAAAUACAGCAUUUUUCUCACAUUUGAAAGCUCCUUCAGCAGCCAUAAUUUGACCCCUGGAAUGAAUAAUUCACAGGAAGCAGUCCAACAAAUAAUCAAGAUUACAAACUAUAUCAGAGCAUUUAAUUUCACUGUGGUGAUCAGGGUUCCAGUGAAGCUUGGUGAAAAAGACAUUUGGGUGGAUUUGAGCAGCCUACAGAUUGCAAACUGUCAGAGAGGAAAUGAUGAAGAACCACUUAACAAAGAAUUUGUUGCUGAAAUACAAAAACAUAAAGUCGUGGACUGCUCUGUAGCCACGUGCAGAGUGUUCAAGUGCAACACAUUUAUGGGAAUAUGGGAGAGUAGGAUGUAUGAAAUUUCUGCCAACUUCAGUUCAGGAUGGAUAGAGCAGAUUGGAUUUCAAUCUGCGAAAUUCCUCCUAACCAGCACAGCCAGUCUGGAGUAUGACAAAAACCAGUACAUCUACUUUUCAGCGUGGACGAAAAACAAUCCUCCUGUCCACAAGAUUGAGGCAGAGAUAAAAGUGUAUUCUGAACCAGAUUACAUUAAAGAGAUAAUUGGAGGAUACAUUGGAGGUUUGGCUGUUACUGCUUUAUUCACUGUUUGCCUGUACAAGGCUGGAUAUUUCAAGAGUGAUUACAAAGAGAUGAUAAAAUAA